AUGCAGUGUUCGUGGAAAUCCAUGGUCCUGCUAGCAUUAGCCUCCAUAGCUAUCCAGUACACGGCCAUCCGCACUUUCUCCACCAAGCCCUUAAGCCUACUGUGCUCCGGGGGUCUGACAUCCACUGGCCAAGCUGUCAACUGCAGCCUCAAAGAUCUGACAGUGGAGGGCUCUGACCCAAUGUGUGAUGGGAUCCUCUCCAACACCCCAUCUUCCCCUAACUCCUCUCUCCCCACGUAUGAUGUCAACAAGAGAACCCACAUCCUCAUCUUGGCAACCACACGGAGCGGAUCCUCCUUUGUGGGUCAGCUGUUCAACCAGCAUCCAGAGGUCUUCUACCUGUUUGAACCCCUGUUCCAUGUCCAGACGGCACUGCUUCCUCGGCUGGUGCAGAGUCGUAACCUGGCUGAGAGGAGGGUAAUGAUGGGUGCAGCCAGAGACCUGUUGAGGUCUCUGUACCACUGUCAUCUCAUCAGUUUGGAGAAUUACAUCCGACCUCGUCCUUCCAACCACUCCACUGACAAGCUGUUCCGAAGAGGAGCUAGCCGGUCUCUGUGCUCCCCUCCUGUAUGUGAGGUUCCCCUGGGCCCAGAUGAGCAGAGCCUGGUUCUGACUGAUGAGGGGGAGUGUGGGAAGAGAUGUGGGCCGCUUAACGUGUCACUGGCUGCUGAUGCCUGCAGAGGGAAGCGCCACAUAGCCAUCAAGACAGUGCGCAUUCCCCAAAUCAGUGACCUCAGAGCACUGAUUGAGGACCCGAGACUCAACCUGAAGGUGGUCCAGCUUGUGCGAGAUCCGCGAGGUAUCCUGGCAUCUCGUGUUGAGACGUUUCGAGAUACUUACCGGCUGUGGCGUCUAUGGAGAGCGACUGGACGCCGACCCCACAAUCUGGACCUGGGACAGAUUAACACAGUGUGUGAAGACUUUCUCAGGUCUGUGUCUAUGGGCCUGGCAAAACCCGCCUGGCUCAGAGGGAGGUACAUGCUGCUUAGGUAUGAAGAUAUUGCCAGGUUUCCUGUACAGAAGACCAGAGAGCUCUACAGUUUCCUUGGUAUGGUUCUGGACCAGAGUGUGGAGGAUUGGAUCAUCAACAAUACUCGGGGUAGCAGUGAUCUGUCGUCCCGGCACAAGUUCACCACAGUUCGGGACUCUGCUGCUAAUGCAGAGAACUGGAGGGUGAAACUAUCCUUCGACAUGGUAGUUUACACCCAGACGGUGUGCCAACCAGUUCUGGACAUCCUUGGAUACAAGAAAGUCUUCCACCCAAAAGAACUGAGGAACUUCUCUCACUCGUUGGUGGAGGACAGGAUGUUUCUUCCAUUUUUCUAA